CCAAGUGUCUCUAUAAUUUCAAGAUUUAAUAUUUUACGAAUAUUUUAAAAAUUUGUGAAAAUACUAUUUCGAUUCUCAGUUUGACCAGUCGAUAACGAGUUUAUUUAACUGAGUUCAAUCCUUGAAUAAAUACGUUCUGAAGAGAAACUAAUAUGAAUAAGAAAAAAAAUAUGGCAAUUGAUUUUCAAGACAAUAUGAUAUUGUUAACCAGGAAAUAUUUAAAACGUAAGAUUAUGUGUCCUGAAACAAAGUUCAGGCAUCACGUUAAAGAAAGAAUGCAUAUAUUAGAGCUGUUAAAAAGAACAGUGGAUAUGGGUGAAAGUAAUUCUGCUUUGUUGAUUGGACCUAGGGGUAGUGGAAAAACAACAUUGAUAAACAGUAUUUUAAAAGAAUUGUCGUAUGUAAAAAGUUUUAAAGAGAAUGCAUUGAUAGUGAAUCUUCAUGGUCUUGUUCAUACUGAUGAUCGGUUGGCUUUGAAAGAUGCUACACGUCAAAUGCAAUUAGAAAAUGUGGUUGGUGAUAAAGUUUUUGGCUCAUUUGCUGAAAAUUUAACUUUUCUGCUUGAUUGCUUAAAAUCAGGUGAUAAGAAACGUUCUAAACCAGUUGUUUUCAUACUAGAUGAGUUUGACUUGUUUUGCCAACACCACAAUCAAACUCUGUUGUAUAACUUGUUUGAUAUUGCUCAAUCUGCACAAGCACCCAUAUGUGUAAUUGGAAUGACUUGUAGAUUAGAUGUUAUAGAACUCUUAGAAAAAAGAGUUAAAUCAAGAUUUUCUCAUCGGCAAAUAUUUUUGUUCCCUGGAGACAUAUCAUCUUCAGAACAACCAACAUCUGCUUUUGAUGAUCGUUUAGAACUUUUUCAACAUCUUUUAAGUCUUCCUGAUGAUGAGAAUGUAAAUAGGAUAGAAUAUCAAUAUGAAGAUUGUACAAUAGAUCCACAGUUUGGAUCUGUGUGGAAUGAAUACAUAAAAAGUUUAGUUAGUAAUACUACUAUGGUGAAUCUGUUAAAAAGACUGUACCAAAUUGAUGUUAGUGAAAGAAGUUUUAGAAACUUUUUAGCAAUAGCUGUUUCUACAUUGUCAGAGAAGCAUCAAAGACUAGAUGUAAAUGAUUUUGUAGAAGCAAGUAAGAUGUUUUCUCAAGAUGACAAAGUACUAAUGCUUGAGGGGUUGUCUGUAUUAGAAAUGUGUUUAAUAAUUUCAAUGAAACAUGAAACAGAAAUUUAUGAUGGAGAGCCAUUUAAUUUUGAAGCAAUUUAUAAUCGUUAUAUAAAAUUUGCUAAUCAAAAUUCUUCUAUACAAACUGUUCAAAGGCCUGUUAUUAUGAAAGCAUUUGAACAUAUUAAGAAUUUGGAGUUUUUAUUGCCAGUGAGUGGUAUGAAUUCAAAAGUUGAGAAAGAGUAUCAAUAUUAUAAAUUCGUACUCACCUCACAACAAGUUAUAGAAGCUGUAAAAAAUUAUUCUGGAUUACCAACAGAGAUAUGUCAAUGGGCAGUAACUAACAUGUAAUCAUUAUGGAUUAUUUAUAAAAUUGCAGCUGCUAAAGAAUUUUGCAUUUGUAAUGCAUCACUCAUUUGCAAUUUUAACCAACAAAUGAGUAUUUUAUAGAAUAAGUAUGAGAUUUGUAUUUUUUAAAACACAUUUUUUUUUACUAUAAUUAUUUAUUUUAAAGAAGCAGCAGUUUGUUUCUUAUGCAAUAUUUUGUGUAAGUGUCUUACAUAUGUAUUCAUUUCAAAAGUAUAUGUUUUUACAUAUAUAAGAAACUAUGCAUACUAGUGUAUUUACUAUUAAAAAAAUAUCAAGCGAUUUUUCUAAAAACAACUAUGGUAUCUAAUUAGAUCACAUGCUAUCAUGGCAAAAGGGUAGUUUGCAUUUAGUAGUAUGAGAUUAGCAUAAGAGUAUAUAUAAAUUUAAUAUUUAAUAACAUUGAACAAGGUGAAAACAAUUAGAUAUUAUUUUCUUGAUGUCUAUGUAAUACAUCUCUGUAAUACAGUCUUCAAAAAGCAAUUCCUGCCUAUCAUAGCAUAAAAAACGUCCAAUAUUACGUCCUUGAUAAAUGAAGACAACAAAUAAUUUUUCAUAACAAUAUUUUAUCUGAAACUUAUAAUAAAAGAGACUUCUAUCUAGGUGCCAUGUUAUUAAUCAGGUUAUUCUAUGUAGUUACAGUGUCUGUGAUCUUUCAACAGGAUUGUUCCCUAUAUGAUAACAUCUAUAAUUUUCAUUCAUGUAGUUAUGUAAGAUUUUAAUUAUUUAUCAUAGAUUGCCUGUACAUUGUAUGAUGUAACAGUACUGUGUAAAAGCGUUAUAACGUGUACGUGAAUACAUUUAUAUGUUUCUAAUAAAUCUGCUAUCGUUA